CUAAACUCAACUUAUGAUUCUUCACUUUAUAGGUUACAACUUGGGCACAAGUACUAACCUGUAAAGUAAUCAUGUCUCCAUAUAAUCCAAACAAUACCACUAUAGUAGUCUGCAUGAUUGGUUAAGUAAUCCCAGCCACAAAACAGAGUAUUAGCUACUCUAGUUAUAUUAUUUUCUUUUAUUUUGGUUUUCACUAGACCUAUCAAUCCAACAUUCUCUCUUCCACAAAAGAGCUUGACCUCCUUUUGGUUGUUAAGGGUAUUCCAGUCCCGAACAUUCCAACACAGUAAGUUAUCGAUUCACCUUAGGGGUCUCAGUACCUUCCUCAUUUCCACCUCUUUCUUUUAGCAUUUGAGCAUUUGAAUCUGUUGAGACUAGCACCUGAAAAAGAAUUUGUGUCACUUCUACUAAUCCCCAUUGAGUCUGCAUCCCUUUCUAAUUGGGCUAUGUGAUUUAUCUCUGGACUAUCCCUUUCUAAUUGGGCUCUAUCAUUUGUUAUACCACUGCUUCUUACUUCAUCACUGAUGCUCUGAGUGAACCCAGUAUAUGCAACUGAUUUCCCUCACUUGUUGGUAUCCCUCGUCAUUCUUUUGAUCCCCUAUAUCCUUUACUUUAGCUUGCUUUCAUGCCCCCUUGCUUUUACUUAUUAGUAGGGGGUUCUUCUUUCUGCAUUGGCCUUUAUCAUGUCCAUAUUGUUUACAAAAGGUGCAUAAUGUGGUUUCCAAUCAUAUUGAACUUUUUGCACAACCAACUCUCCUGGUUCAUUCUUGAAAAAUAUUUUAUCUUGCAGUUGUGUUCUCAUUUCCACUUCAAUCGAAAGUCUAACAAAACUCAAACCCAACUUCUUUUUGAUAUUGUGAUCAACCAUCAUUGGUUUUCCAAUCAAACUCCAAAUUUUACUAAGCCCUUUAGGAUUUUUGAUUCUUGAAUUCUAGUCUUGACAACUUCAUCCAAAUGGGAAUCGUAUACAAUUCCUCACGUAUGAAUUUUAUAUCGGGAUGCCAAGCUUUAACAAUUAAGGGUUUGUUGUCAAAGUGGUAAAUUCCACCUUGUAGGACCUCAUCCUUCCCCUUCCAGAGUCAGCCUACACCAGUAUUAUGCUAUUUUCAACAUUCAGACUUUAUUAAUGCUAUAUUUUCCCCAGAGGUGUUAUAUGUAAGAUGGAGAGAGCGGGUGAGCCCCCAAUACAUAGCAGACUACAAUAUGCUUGCAAUAAUCAAUUUUCAUACUGAUAUCAUCAACUUUAAUCUCACGUAGCUCCGAUUCUCCUUGCUUCGUAGGAGCAACAAAUUCAAGCUUGAAUAUUGUCUUCACAAUUUUUGUUAGGUCAAAAUUAUCCCAAAUCGACACUUUUUAUUCGAUUCUUGAGUUGCCUCCACCUCAUCCGCCAAUGAGAGCAACGACCUCAUAGACUGAAUCGCUUCUUCCAAUUUCUAGUGUGUCGUGGUUUCAUUAGUUUGAACUGCGACCAAUUUCUCGGCAAGUGAUGGCUAGCAUUUCCCUGACUUUCGAUGAGCUACGAGCUUCAAUUUUAUUGAUUUUCCCUUGCUCAACUAUGUCGGGAGCCAAAUUGGUACCGUCAUGUUUCCUUCCCUUUAACUCCAAUUGCUUGGAGGUUUAUGCUUGGGCUUGACUUUCAAUUCGAGCGUUCUCCGAUGAAAUUCAUGCUCUCCUUCUUAUGGAUGGCGUAUGUUAGCAAUCGUGCUUCGAGAGAGAACGAAAGCCCAAAAAAUACAGAAAGAUUACUAUAUACCAUUUACAAUCAUAAAAAAAAAAAAAAUUAAUUGACAACCCAAAUUUCAUAUAUAUUAUAUAAAAUGAGACUAAAAAAAUAACAUAAAUUGAAUCCGUACUCUCUUGCUUCUAGUAUACCAAAAGCGCCAUUAGAACUUGUAAUUAAAUUAAAAUUUUUAGGAUCGUUUGGUAGAGUAUAUUGAAAUUAUAAUGCAUGCAUAAAUUUAACGUAUAUUAGUAAUACUAUAUUUGGUAUAUCUUUUUAUCUUAGGUAUAACUAAUGUUUUUAAUUAUACACUCUAUUGUGUAUUGAAGUGUAUAUUACUAAUAGCUCAAAAUUCAUUAGUAAUGCAAUGGAUCUAAUGAAUGCAUUAACAUACUUAAAAACCUUAUUAUCCUCAAAAAAAAUUUUUGCAUCUAUUCCAACAUAUAUAUUAAGGGUAUUAUAUAAAAAGAAAAAUUAAAUUAAAUUAUAUAAUUCAUAUUUAUUUUAAUAUAUCGAAUCAAAUACUAUAUAAAAAAAUUAAAAUUAUUAUUAAUACAAAUAUUAUUAAUAUAUUAUAUUUUAUAUUAUUCUUCUACACUCUGUCAAACCAACUUAAAAUUUUACAGAGUUGGAAGAAUGUAAGGGUAAAACGUUACUACUUGAUAAUUUGGGAUGCUUAAUGUGAUUUAAUAAAAUUAGUUUAUUCUACACAUAUACUGGGCUAGGAUUCCCCCAUCAACCCAUUUCACUUCCCGGUCAAAACCGCCGUCAUAAGACUUGUCAUUCAACCGAGCAACGACGGCGUCAGGCAGCAGCCAGCCCAGCUCAGCUCAGAUAUGGAAAAUGAGAAGAAAGUAGAGAGUUUCGUGCUGGUACAUAACAUAGCAAAGAGACACAACGUCGGCACCUUAGCUCGUAGCGCGACGGCAUUCGGCGUUUCGGAGAUGAUACUCGUCGGCCGUCGAGAUUUCAACGCCUUUGGUAGCCACGGUUCCACUUCUCACGUCCGUUUCCGCCACUUCCACUCCCUUGCCGAUGCUAAAACCUUCCUCAAGGAAAGAGAUUGUGAUAUAUGUGGAGUUGAAAUUACAGAAAAUGCGGUUGCAGUAAAUGAGCAUCCUUUUAAGAGAAGUACUGCUUUCCUGCUCGGCAAUGAGGGUUCUGGACUUUCUGCAAAAGAGUGUGAGAUAUGUGAUUUCUUUGUAUAUAUUCCACAAUAUGGCUGUGGUACCGCUUCAUUGAAUGUGACUGUCGCUGCUUCCAUUGUUCUACAUCAAUUUGGAGUUUGGGCUGGAUUCUCUGAGAGAGCACGUGAAGGGAAUAAGUUUAUUGUGGCUGAAAGGCCUUUUAAACAGUCAAAGAAAAAUUACUGUAUGGAAACAUCUGAAUCUGUUGCUGAGGAGCGAAGACUGAAGAGGGAAAGUCUUUCAAAUGGGUUCUUUGAAGAUACUGGAAAGGAGGAAUCGCCUUCAAAUCUUUUAAAUACUUUGUUUGAUGAUUAGUGCCGGGGAAAAGAGAAAACUACGAAAUUAUACGUCCUUCAGCCUCAUCCUCAAAGUUGUGCUGAUUUACUUUGAUAGACACAGAGCAAGUCAACUGCCAAAGGGGGGUUUUAAUUAUUGUGGGGGAUAAACUGUGGAAAAGUUGGAACUAGGAACCCUGAGUAAUCUCGCUAACCAGCCACCAUAGAGCAGCAGUUUCACAUGAACUUUGUAUUUGCAAGUUCAAUGAGGGAUUUCAUGUUUAGCAUGUUCAAUCUUCUGUUUGAGAUAUUAAAUUGCUAAUACUACAUAAAACUAGAUCCGACAUGGCAUGUGCCAUUGUUUAUCAAGGAUCAAUCAUGUUCUUCCUACAUUUGAGCUCGGUCUUAAGAUGGUCAUUUCUUCAAUAUAAUAUAUUUUCAGACUAGCAAAAUGAUUGCUUGUAUAAUGUUACUCAGCAAAUGAUUGAAGUUGUACAUAGGCUCUAUCCUAUCUUUUUUUGUUUUCCCA